AACUGGAGACGUGUGUAAGCUGAAGCUGAUGGUGACCUGGUGACCUUCAGAUUUGGGAAUGCCUCACCCUCUUGAGUUCUGCUGUCUCCUCAAAAGGCAAAUGAUGCCACAGUGGUGAAUGUGGGGUAUGAAGAAAUAAACUAACUAGUCCUGGUUAUUGGAGAAAGAAUUAAAAAAAAAGCCCAAUUUGAAAAUGUAAUUAAUCUCUGAAGCAGUCUUUGGGAAUACAUUUUCCUGCAUUAUCCCCCCAGAAGUGCAAAGCAUGUGCAGUACAGAGGAGGAAGUGACCAGCCUUGGUAAUUGCUGUCAGAUCAACCUAAGGAAGCAGAGCCAGAGCAGUUUGUUUGAGAAUAUGCUGAGAUGUUUCUCCUGACAGGCACAGGAAAUGCACAGCUCCAUUCUCCUUCCUGCCCUGGUCAGAUAUAGGAAGUACAGCACAGAAAAUAACAUUUUUUAACCAAAUCUCCUGCUUUGCCUGUGUGCCUCCAUUUGCAUAUACCACUCAUUCCCUUAUCUGAGUGCAUCCUAAAAGUUUCUAUCAAGGGACACCCUGGCCCUGCUAAAAAGUUCUAGUCUUUGUUUUGAGGCAGUGCAGAUUUUAUCUUCUAUGUGAAUUGUAGCUGAUCUUGAUGGAUCAACCAGAAAAAGAAAAAGGUUGGUGACCUCCCAAGUCAGGAGUUAACCACACUGCUGCCUACACAGCUCAGGAGCUGGAGUUAACUGUCCAGCAUGUGCCUAGAAAUCAACCAGAACAGGUACUUAAACCAUUGAUUCACUGUCUGAGCUCCAGGAAAGAAAUGUCACCUCUCAGCCUCAGCUCUCUUGGCAUGAACUGACUUUGGUGUUGUUAUUUCAAAGACUACAGUCUGCCUUUGGAAAUACUCCUAAAGGUAAACUUGGUAGUUGCCACCCUGAGUGGAUCCCACAUUGCUGAUGGAAUGACAGCUAAGAACAGCAAGGGCUGGAGCCCAGGGGUUGUGGGGAAGGAGUUGUGGGGAUUGGAAGGGCUUUUGUACAUGCUCUUUAUGUUUAAAUGGUUUAUGUUUAAAUGGUUUCAGUGGUCUGGAAGCUCUGGUAUGCAAUCUGUCUUUUUUUUUUAUAGGGACUUUAGAAAACAACGUUAUCAUGUGAUUCCUCACAUGCUCCCAGAGCCUGAAAUACUGGCUUUAUUAGGAGCAGAUUUGUUAGUCAAGCAAAUCUGAUUUGUGAUACACUGUUCUCCUCUGAUUGCUGAGAAGCUUAACUGCUGGGUUGAAAAAGCAAAUUGUGCUUGUAUAUUACUGUUCAAAAAGCUAUAAAAUCUUGAUACAGAGGAGAGAUGCAUUCUGGCUGCUUGACUCAGGCUUUCCCUAGAGGUUUCUGCUUGUUAAUCUGGUACAAGAUGCAGCUUCUGCUGGGUUGUGGAACUGAAAGAACAUCUAGAGUAUAGAAAGCAGUUUCUGGUAGAACAGGCCUUGUCGAAACAAGUCAGGCUUUGGUGCUGCUAGAAAAGAAGACACAAUUCUUAACACUUCUGAAGGUACUAAUUAUGCUAGGACUUGUGCUACUGUAUGAGGAGCUGCUCAUUAAGGAUAGCACCUGUAUGUGAGUAAUCUCCCUCAGCCAGCUGUGUGUCCUGGGCAAUCCAGAUGCUCCUGAGAUGCUGCCAGAUAAUGGAAGCAUUUUUCCCUCCAGGUCAGCCUUGCAGUGCUGCCCUGGGAGUUGUGUGUGUCUCUUUCUGGCAGACAACUAUAAUAGUAGAUGAUGACGACAGUAAAGUCUGGUCGCUGUAUGAUGCAGGACCGAGGAGCAUUCGCUGCCCACUCAUAUUUCUCCCUCCUGUGAGUGGAACUGCAGAUGUGUUUUUCCAGCAAAUUCUGGCACUGACUGGAUGGGGCUACAGAGUUAUUGCUUUGCAGUAUCCAGUGUACUGGGAUCACCUCGAGUUCUGUGAUGGAUUCAGGAAACUCUUAGACCACCUUCAGCUGGAUAAAGUUCACCUUUUUGGAGCUUCUCUGGGAGGCUUUCUGGCUCAAAAAUUUGCUGAAUAUACUCACAAAUCUCCCAGAGUUCAAUCUCUGAUCUUGUGUAAUGCCUUUAGUGACACUUCCAUUUUCAAUCAGACGUGGACAGCAAACAGCUUUUGGCUGAUGCCUGCUUUUAUGCUGAAAAAAAUUGUCCUUGGGAAUUUUGCAUCUGGUCCUCUAGAUCCUGAAAUGGCUGACGGGAUCGAUUUCAUGGUGGACAGGCUGGAGAGCCUGGGCCAGAGUGAGCUGGCCUCAAGACUCACCCUCAACUGCCAGAACUCCUAUGUAGAACCUCACAAAAUCCGAGACAUCCCUGUAACCAUUAUGGAUGUGUUCGACCAAAGCGCGCUUUCAACAGAAGCAAAAGAAGAAAUGUAUAAGCUUUACCCUAAUGCCAGAAGAGCUCACCUCAAAACAGGAGGCAACUUCCCCUACCUCUGCAGGAGUGCUGAGGUCAACCUGUACAUUCAAAUCCAUUUGCUGCAGUUCCACGGGACCCGGUACGCAGCCAUCGAUCCCUCCAUGGUCAGUGCAGAAGAGCUGGAAGUCCAGAAGAUCAGCCUUCACACCAGCAACGAGCAAGAAGAGCAGUAGGCUUGGGAGUGCCAGUGAAACAGAGGCAUUGGUUUGGUGGUCUUCCUGUGUACAAUCAACUGUUCCCACUCUGCCUUUUCCCUUCUGUUAGCCGAUUAUCACUGUGUGAUUCCAACUGGAUCAAGUCAGUGAACUACCCGUGAACAGCAACCUCCAGCAGUGUAAUGGAAUAGAUCUGUUUAAUUUUUAGUCUUUGGAUUCAAGGAAGCAUCUUUGAAGACUACACUUUUAAAAAUAAAGACAUUUUUUUCUACCAAAGUCUUCACUAUAUCAUGUUCUUAAGCAGAACGGUAUUUCUUUUUAUAUUUUUCACUUGGCUGUAUAUAUUACCACAUGCAGAUUGUGUACUUAUAAGCUGACAUAUAUUUUUGUUGAAUAUUUGAUUUAAAAGAUGUUUAAGUGUCAACGUUGCCAUCACUUACUUGCUUGGUACAUUGUGUUGUUAGUUUGUUUCUAUUUGAAAUAAAGCAUUUGAAUUUUUAACUUUC